GCCCUUUUCUCGAUUGUGGUCCCCGAAUUGCGCAAGGUCUCCAGAUUACGCAAGAUUGAGCCUCAAUUGUAUCUGCCCGGUGCCAGCCUGGAUUCUCAUUCUCCAGCCUCGCGUCCAGACAGAUUGAGGCUCUGCUUUGACUGCCUUCAACAGCAGAACUCUUAAGGCAACAACACGGAUCGUAUAAAAAGGACUGACCAUUAUGAGUGGAAAGUACCACAAUGAACAGUCUAACCUCGCGAUAAUGGGAGAUGACAUUGAUUAUGCCGCCAUGGAUAACCAGUCUUUGGACUCGAUGACUGGCCCUCUAUUUCCAAACCAGCUUUACUUCUCGCCAGAGAGCAGUUUGUAUGGUUCUGUAUAUGCUGCGGGUGUGCCUUUGAACAAUGGCCAAUUGGAAAGCUAUGAAGUUCCGCAAUAUCAAAACGGAUAUCCAAGUCCAGAUGCCUCCGCUAGAAGUCUUUCCGAUGUUUCUACAUUCUCCAGUCUCAGCUCUACCAGUCUCAACCGGGAACAAUAUACUGCAGAUUCAUCGCUUGGGGGUACCCCAAUGGAUUUGGAAAACGGUAUCAAUCUACCAUCGAAAAGAGCGCCUCCGUUUGGAUUUGACUCCACAGCCGACAGCAACUCUGCAGUCCAUGAUGGAGUGCAUUCAUUUCCGUGUGAUGAAGGCUGUGACGUAGCAUUCAGACGCAUAUACGACCUAAAAAGACACAAGAAAGAACAGCACCGAUGUGUCCACCCUGAUUGCGACGCACUCAGAUUCUCGAAUCGGAGUGAAAAGGACCAACAUGAAGCAUUACACGGAGGUGGACUUCAGUGGCGCUGUGGAUCAUGCCUUCAGAUCGACCCAAGCCGCAAGCCUUAUAGUCGUCACGACAAGUUGAAACGGCAUCUGAAAGACCACCAUGACGUUUCUGAUGCCAACCUCGAUGCCUUCAGAUGUAACAAUCCUUCCUGCUUUAAAUGUCGAAUAUGCGCCUGUAGGAUCUUCAAUUCAAGCAACUAGCGCGAUUGUGACCGCCACAAAGCGGUCACAAGAAUCAAUGCCAACCCCCGAUCCAAAACGGUACAGGUCGAGAAAGGAUGAGACUAGUAAGUUACGAACAAUUUUCUCAGCUUCAGCCAUUAAUAUAA